GCCAGUGUGACUGCCCCCCACCCAUCCGCGGGCCACUCACCAUGGGUGGCUGCUUCUCCAAGCCCAAGCCAGUGGAGCUCAAGAUCGAGGUGGUGCUGCCCGAGAAGGACCGGGGCAAGGAGGAGCUGUCCGCCAGCGGGAAGGGCAGCCCCCGGGCCUACCAGGGCAACGGCACGGCCCGCCAUUUCCAUGCAGAGGAACGCCUGCCCGCCCCCCACCCCUACCCUGGCGCCCAGGACUGCCUGGAGGCCGCUGUCUGCCACAUCAAAGACCUGGAGAACGGCCAGAUGCGGGAAGUGGAGCUGGGCUGGGGGAAGGUGUUGAUGGUGAAAGACAACGGGGAGUUCCAUGCCCUGGGCCACAAGUGUCCGCACUAUGGUGCACCCUUGGUGAAAGGAGUGCUGUCCCGUGGACGGGUGCGCUGCCCCUGGCAUGGUGCCUGCUUCAACAUCAGCACCGGAGACCUGGAGGACUUCCCUGGCCUGGACAGUCUGCACAAGUUCCAGGUGAAGAUUGAGAAGGAGAAGGUGUACGUCCGGGCCAGCAAGCAGGCCCUGCAGCUACAGCGAAGGACCAAGGUGAUGGCCACGUGCAUCUCUCCAAGCGCUGGCCACAGCAGCAGCACCAACGUGCUCAUCGUGGGUGCAGGCGCAGCUGGCCUGGUGUGUGCAGAGACGCUGCGGCAGGAAGGCUUCUCAGACAGGAUCGUCCUGUGCACUCUGGACCGGCACCUUCCCUACGACCGACCCAAGAUUAGCAAGUCUCUGGAUGCACAGCCAGAGCAGCUGGCCCUGAGGCCCAAGGAGUUCUUCCGAGCCCAUGGCAUCGAGGUGCUCACUGAGGCCCAGGUGGUCACGGUGGACGUGAGGAACAAGAAGGCCGUGUUCAAGGAUGGCUUCAAGCUGGAGUACAGCAAGCUGCUGCUGGCACCCGGGAGCAGCCCUAAGACCCUGAGCUGCAAAGGCAAAGACGUGGAGAAUGUGUUCACUAUCCGGACGCCCGAGGACGCCAACCGCGUGGUGAGGCUGGCCCGGGGCCGCAACGCUGUGAUCGUGGGAGCCGGCUUCCUGGGGAUGGAGGUGGCCGCCUACCUGACUGAGAAGGCCCACUCAGUGUCCGUGGUGGAGCUGGAGGAGACGCCCUUCAGGAGAUUCCUGGGGGAGCGUGUCGGUCGUGCCCUCAUGAAGACGUUUGAGAGCAACCGGGUCAAGUUCUACAUGCAGACGGAGGUGUCGGAGCUGCGGGCCCAGGAGGGAAAGCUGAAGGAGGUCGUGCUGAAGAGCAGCAAGGUCUUGCGGGCUGAUGUCUGCGUGGUGGGCAUUGGUGCUGUGCCCGCCACGGGCUUCCUGAGGCAGAGCGGCAUAGGUCUGGAUUCCCGAGGCUUCAUCCCUGUCAACAAGAUGAUGCAGACCAAUGUCCCGGGCGUGUUUGCAGCUGGCGACGCUGUGACCUUCCCCCUGGCCUGGAGGAACAAUCGGAAAGUGAACAUCCCACACUGGCAGAUGGCUCACGCCCAGGGGCGCGUGGCGGCCCAGAACAUGCUGGCGCAGGAGGCGGAGAUCAGCACGGUACCCUACCUGUGGACCGCCAUGUUCAGCAAGAGCCUGCGCUACGCGGGGUACGGAGAAGGCUUCGACGACGUCAUUAUCCAGGGGGAUCUGGACGAGCUGAAGUUCGUGGCUUUUUACACCAAAGGCGACGAGGUGAUCUCCGUGGCCAGCAUGAACUACGAUCCCAUCGUGUCUAAGGUGGCGGAGGUGCUGGCCUCCGGCCGCACCAUCCGGAAGCGGGAGGUGGAGCUGUUUGUGCUGCACAGCAAGACUGGCGACAUGUCCUGGCUCACAGGGAAAGGAUCCUGA